CCGCCAGCGUGACGCGUGCGGGCGGUGACGCCCCGGCGCCGGACGGUGCGCUGUGACGGUGUGGACGGACCGGCGCGCGAGCCAGGCCGGGCGGGAGAGGAGGCAUGUUCGGAGGACUGAGGACACGGAGCAGAUCGGAUGGACCGGAUGCCUGGGAGCUGAACGCUAUGGGUCGACAGUACCCGGCUUCCCGACAAUGGCAGGCGCUCUACAGCUCCCAACGUAAUAUGGGCGGUCCUCAGCGACACCUUGGCGGAUCGCAGCGCUACCUCGGCGACUCACGCCGAAAUCGCAGCGAUUCACACCGCUACCUUGGCGGAUCUCACCGCAACAUUGGCGGCUCUCACCGUAACCUGAACGCCUCGGACGAGUCACAUCCAUGGUCGAUGUACAGACAGAACCUGAACUCGGAGUUUGCCGACUCGGCACUGGGCAGUAGCGACAAGUCGCCCAUCCCUCCCGGCGGCAACUUCCAGCUGCGCGAGAGCGCCCUGCUGCGGGGCACCCCGCUGGGGCCGCGCUCCCAGGUGGGCGCCGACAUGUACAAAUACCUCAAGAACGGCCUGCCGCGCGUGUUCCCGCCGCCGCGGCCGGACGGCAGCUCUGGGUACGACUCCAGCGGGGACGACUCUCCGGCGGCGCGGCGCCGGCGCCGCCAGCGGCGGACCCUCUCCCAGCCCGACCUGCGGCUGCAGGGCGGCCGCGGACUGCGCCGCUUCGGCGACUCGAUGUUACCGAGCCGUGCGCGCGCCAGCAGCGAGGCCGACCUUCUGUCGGCCGAGUCCAACGCCUCUCCCGAAUCGGACGAGGACCUGGCCAGCCACGGCGAGCUGGUGGCGCGGCUGGAGCGGCGGCGGCCGGCCGGCGGGCGGCCCGCCGGGUUCGCCGGCCGCGCCGCGCCCGACCGCGAGCCGCCCAUGCUGAACGCCCGCCUGUUCCCGCCCGACCAGCAGCUGGAGGGCAACCGGCCGCAACUGCAGGUGCGCCAGCUCGGCUGCGAGCGCAGGGUGGCCCGGCCCGGCGGCUGGAGACGCAUGCUCGACGACGUGACCUUCGAGGCGCGCGGUGGAGAGCUGGUCGGAAUCAUGGCGACCUCAGAGGCCGAGGGCACGGCGCUGCUGGACGUUCUGGGCGACUGCAGCAGCCGCGGCCAGCUGAGGAUCAGCGGCCAGCUGGCGCUGAACGGCACCACCGUGCUGCCGGCCCGGCUGGCCGAGCGGCUCACCUACGUCCAGCGGGACGGCACGUUCAGCGGCCACCUGUCCGUCCGUCAGACGCUGCUCUUCCACGCCUUCCUCCAGGAGCCGGGCCACGUGGCGCGCUGCUUCAACACCAAAAACAAGAUAAACGCGUUGAUAGAGGACCUGGGUCUGGGCCAGGUGAAGCACACCUCAGUCUGCGACCUGACCGAGUCGGAGCUGUGUCGACUGAACGUGGCCUGCCAUCUCUGUCUGGAGACGGACCUGGUCCUGCUCGACCAGCCCACCCGGCACAUGGACAUCUUCGACACCUUCUUCAUGAUCGAGUACCUGCGCCAGUGGGCCGCCCGAGGGAGGAUCGUGAUGCUGACCCUGCAGCCGCCCACCUAUGAGAUCUUCAACAUGCUGGGCCGUGUGCUGCUGCUGGCCGACCGGAGGCUGGUGUUCAGCGGCAAGGCCAAGCAGAUGCUGCCCUACUUCACAUUCAUCGACUACGAGUGUCCGUCCUACAAGAAUCCGUCCGAUUACUACCUGGACCUGGUGACGCUGGACGAGCUGUCCCCGGAGGCGCACCUGGAGUCCUCCCAGCGCGUCUCGGAACUCUCGGAGGCGUUCCAGCGCCGCCAGGAGACGCUGGAGACGCCCGGCCCGGCCGGCCUGCUGCCGCCGCGGGUCCGCAGGGCCGGCUGCUGCGCUCAGCUCAUGGCGCUGGCCGUGCAAGCGACCGUGUACAAGUUUCCGUACAACGUGAUGGGCUGGGCGGUGCGGCUGAUGGCUGCCUGCAUCAUGUCUCUGAUAGUGGGCACCGUAUUCUACGACAUACGGGGGGAGGACCGGGAUCAGGAGACGGUGCCGGACCGGACGGGCUUCCACUACGCCAUGCUGUCGCUGGCAGCCUGGCCGAGCCUGCUACUGACCGUGUCGGACAUCUGGAGGGACAAGGACGUGGUCAGCAGGGACAUUGACGACCGGCUCUACUCCAGGGCGUGCCACACCGUCAGUCAGAUAUUUUUCGGGUUGCCGGGCUCGGCGCUCGAGUGUAUUAUGCUGGUAGCACCGGCGCACCGAAUGGCCGGCUCUCAGCCCAGCGACACGGCCUCCACGUUCUACGUGUACGCCGGCUACAUGCUGCUCUACCUGCAGUGUGUCCGUCUGCUGGCGAUAGUGGCCGCCUACCUGAGCUCGUCCCGACACCUGUCGGCCGGCUGGCUGGCCGCCGCGCUGCUACCGCUGCUCCUGGUCGCCGGCUGGAGCGUGCACCCGCACGAGCUCUCCGCCUGGACCGGCUGGCUGGCCUGGGCCUCGGCGCCCGCCUGGCUCUACCAGCGGCUGGUCUGGAACGAGCUGGCGCACAUCCGGCGCCUGCGCUGCCAGCGCAACCCGGCGCUGCCGCAGGACAACACCAUCAUCGUGCAGCUGGACUGCGGGCUCACCUCGGGCCAGGAGGCGCUGAGCUUCCUGGCGGUGCCCGACGAGCGUACGCCGCUCGUGCCGCUCAUGGUGGCCGCUGUGACCACGCUGUUGGCCGUGCUGCUGGCGCUGCUGACGGCCCUGCUGGUCAGACAGAGGCGCGGCGGGUCACGGGCGCGCCGCGCGCGCAUACCCUGACCGCGGGGGAGGGGAGGGACGGGAGG